AUGGAGUCGGCUUGUGUUCUUCAUCGGCGAUAUGAACGCGAUCGCACCGGCCGUGUCCAUAUUCUUCCUCUUGGCCUACGCCUCCGUGAAUCUCGCCUGCGCUCUUCUAGACACUGCCUCGCCUGCCAACUUCAGGUACGNCCCCGGGUUCCUCCACCUUCACGUUCAAAGGAGGAAUCUGGCGUUGUCUGCCAAAAUUCUUCCAAGAGGGAAUUUGGCAUAAAACACUUAUUGCUACCACCUCAACGACAAGUGGCCUACGAUAUCCAUCAUGCACGCAUGCAUUUGCCAACACAUUAA